GUCAAAGACGGAAGCAGCGUUGAGGGCGGGGCUCCGCGAAAGAGGAGAACCCGAGCGCGAUGGAAGUGGUCAGGUGUCCGGAGCACGAGACCCUCUGCUUUCUGAAGACCGGCGUCCGCGAUGGCCCGAGUAAAGGAAGGAGCUUCUACGUGUGCCGGGCGGACGCGUGUGGCUUCNNNNUUGUCUCUAGCAUUCCUGUUUCUCAUUGUUUAUUGCAUGAGGACUUUGUGGUAGAACUUCAGGGUUUGUUUCUGCCACAGGGCAAGAAAGAAUACAGAUUGUUCUUCCGCUGCAUUAGAAGUAAGGCCGAGGGGACCCACUGGUGUGGAAAUGUUCCAUGGCAGGAGCCCAAUUUCAAAGAACACUCUGUAACCAUUAAGUCUCAGCAUGCAUCUGAGUCCUUUCACCAUCUUUCCAGCCAGCCGAGAAACCCAUUCAAGGCACUUGACAAGAAUCAAGAACCAGCUCUCUGGAAACAGCUCAUCAGAGGUGAAGGGGAGGAAAAGAUGGCUGGUGAGAAGCAAAGGGAAAAGAAAAAGCAUCUCUUCGAUUCCAGGAGGGAACAGAAGCCUGAGUCUAUCUGCUGUGUGGAGAAAGACCUCUCCUCUGACUCAGUGAUAAAGAAGACGCAACCUCAACCGGUAGUUCGGGAGGAGAGAGCAGCGUUUCAGUGUGAAGCAAAGGAGACUGCGGGCACACACACAACCAACUUCUGUGAAGUUCGGCCCCAGGAGUGCCGAGGUGACGAGCUGACAAGACCACCUCAGGAGCAGCCAAGUGGUAAAGAUGUCCAAAGAGAGCCGGAGCCUCUGAGAGAAAAGGAAGCCCAGCUCUUGCCUCAAAACCUUCACUGGCAGCACCCAGUGAGCAAGGCCCAGAAAGAGGGCCCCGUCCGCCAGGAGCACCUCAAGGACUGGGAGGCUAGAGAAACAAAGGCCAAGGGGGACUCAGGCAAGCAGCCCAGCCAGAAAAGGCCGCCCCGGGGGCUUUCCCAGACCCAGCUGGAGACCCACAGUGUGCCUGCUCCCCAGGAGGCAGCUACAGGGGCUGCUCCGGUGGCAGUGGCCGUGGCGGCAUCAGGGCUUUCCCUGGAUAAGAGGUCUGAGGCUGCCGCAGGCAGUGGCCUUAGGGAGGAAGGUGAUGCUUUUGUUUCCUCUGAGCCUGGGCGCCCCCUGCUCUUUGACUUGACUCUGGACUCACAGAUGAAGGAGAACCUUCAAUUCCCUGAGCAGAGUGUGCAAAGAAAAGUAUCUUCUGCCUCAGGGGUUUCCAAGAAGGAAGAACCCUCAGAUCCAGCUGCCCAGUGGGUGCACCUUACAACACAGUUGAAAAAAAAGAAGAGUACGCUGGCAUCAGUGAACGUCCAGGCUCUUCCAGACAAAGGUCUGAAGUUGCUCCAGCAGAUCCAGGUGCUGGAAGAAGCGCUCGGUGCUCUCGCCCUCUCCCCAGAGCAAGGAACUAAUGAGAAACGCAGCACUCAAGUACCACAGCAGAGUGACUUCACCAGAACCACCCCUGCCCCUCCCCACUUGGUGCCUCCCCAGCCACUUCCUGGCCAGGGUGCCCAGCUUGUGAGUUCUCUGGGACUGAAGGCUGCCGGCCAGGUGACUGCUGGAGGACCCAGUCAGUGCUGUGGAGGCCGUACGAGCCAAGAGCGUGUUCGCGCCGUGUGGAAGGUCACGAGCGAAGCCAUUGAUGAGCUGCACCGCUCCCUUGAGUCAUGUCCUGGUGAGACAGCCGUGGCGGAAGAUCCUGCUGGGUUGAAGGUCCCUUUGCUGCUGCACCAGAAGCAAGCAUUAGCUUGGUUACUAUGGCGAGAAAGUCAGAAGCCACAAGGGGGAAUUCUGGCGGAUGAUAUGGGCUUAGGAAAAACCCUGACAAUGAUUGCACUCAUCCUGAUCCAGAAGAAUCAAGAAAAAAACAAAGGAAAAGACAAAAACAUGCCUGUGAUGUGGCUUUCUAAAGACGACUCCUCUGACUUGGCUUCCCAUGGAACACUGAUCGUCUGUCCCGCCUCCCUGAUCCAUCAUUGGAAAAACGAGGUUGAGAAGCGCGUGAACAACAACAAACUCAGAGUCUAUCUCUACCAUGGGCCAAACCGGGAACCACGUGCCAAAGUCCUCUCGACAUACGACAUCGUCAUCACUACCUACAGCCUUGUGGCCAAGGAGAUUCCCACAAAGAAGCAAGAGGGAGAGAUCCCAGGUGCGAACCUCAGUGUGGAGGGCAUCUCAACACCUUUGCUUCGAAUAGUCUGGGCUCGAAUUAUCUUGGAUGAAGCUCACAAUGUGAAGAAUCCCCGAGUGCAGACGUCCGUAGCUGUGUGCAAGCUACGAGCCCAUUCCCGCUGGGCUGUCACCGGAACCCCCAUUCAAAACAAUUUGCUGGAUAUGUAUUCACUGCUGAGGUUUCUCCGUUGUUCUCCAUUUGAUGAGUUCAGUCUCUGGAAGAGUCAGGUUGACAACGGUUCAAAGAAAGGAGGAGAGCGGUUAAGCAUCUUAACCAAGAGCCUUUUGCUGAGGAGAACAAAAGGCCAGUUGGACUCUACUGGCAAACCUUUGGUGAUACUGCCCCAGCGUAAAUUUCAGUUGCACCAUUUAAAGCUUUCUGAAGAGGAAGAGACUGUUUACAGUGUGUUUUUUGCAAGAUCAAGGUCAGCUCUGCAAUCCUAUCUAAAAAGACAUGAGAAUGGAGGCAACCAGUCGAGGAGAAGCCCUGAUAAUCCAUUCAGUAGAGUGGCCUUAGAGUUUGGGUCCAGUGGACCUGGGCACUUGGAGGCAGCAGAUGCGCAGAGGUCCAGCACCGUCCACAUACUGUCCCAGCUGCUGAGACUCCGCCAGUGUUGCUGUCAUCUUUCUUUACUGAAGUCGGCCCUGAAUCCAACAGAACUACAGGGUGAAGGCCUUGUCCUUUCCUUGGAAGAACAACUCAGCGCUCUGACCUUGUCCGAACUCCAUGACACAGAGCCAUCUGCCACUGUCUCUCUUAAUGGCAUGUGCUUCAAGGUAGAGCUUUUUGAAGACACUCGAGAAAGCACCAAGAUAUCAUCUCUGUUGGCAGAAUUGGAGGCAAUCCGAAGAAAUUCAGGACGCCAAAAGAGUGUCAUCGUCUCUCAGUGGACCAGCAUGCUGAAAGUUGUGGCCCUGCACCUGAAGAGGCAAGGACUGACUUACGCCACCAUCGAUGGCUCUGUCAAUCCCAAACAGAGAAUGGACUUGGUAGAGGCAUUUAACCACUCCAGGGGCCCUCAGGUUAUGCUGAUCUCUCUCUUGGCUGGAGGUGUUGGUCUAAACCUGACUGGGGGAAACCACCUUUUUCUUCUGGAUAUGCACUGGAAUCCAUCACUUGAAGAUCAAGCUUGUGACCGAAUUUACCGAGUGGGACAGCAGAAAGAUGUCGUCAUACACAGAUUCGUGUGUGAGGGAACAGUGGAAGAGAAGAUCUUGCAGCUUCAAGAAAAAAAGAAAGACUUGGCCCAACAGGUUCUAUCAGGAUCCGGAGAAUCUGUCACCAAGCUCACCUUGGCUGACCUCAAAGUCCUUUUUGGCAUCUAGCUUCCAGUUUAUAAGGGCCCAGAAUAGUGCCAUGGCUGGUUUGUGUUAAGAUCUGGGAAUAAUGGCCCAGCUAUGAGCCUU